UUGGGGCAGGAGCUUUUUCUGUCCCUUCCCCCAUAAUAUGGAGGUCAGAGGAGGCAUUUCACUUCCUCCAUCUUGAGAGGGUGUGCUGGGGUUAUCUAAAGUCCCACCCGCCCCUUGCUCAUCUUGCCUUGUUUUGUGUGUGUAUGGGAUCAGUUAUUUUCACAAAGCCCCCAGGUCUGUUACAGGAUAGUGAUCAUAGGCACAAUGAAUUUGGGAGUGGGGUAGGAGCAUGCUGGUUCGACUGUCACAGCUUCCUGUGGGUGCUCCGGGAGAGUGCAGUGUUUACAUUCUGCUGUAUGAUGCGAUCUGUGCUUUGUGUUCAUGUUGCUAAACACAGAACCAUAAUCACUGCUCUGUGGCGUUUCAGUCUAAUAGCCCAAGUGCAGAACAAGUGUUGUCACUGUCUUGCACAAGUCUAAUGACCUGUCUGCCUCUGGGAGGUUGAGCUCUGCAGGAGCACAAAGACAGAGAAAGAAUGCCUGUUGUGUGGCCAACACUUUUGGAUCUCAGCAGGGAUGAAUGCAAGAGGAUUCUUCGCAAACUGGAACUUGAGGCAUAUGCUGGAGUUAUCAGUGCCUUGCGUGCACAGGGGGACCUUACCAAGGAAAAGAAAGACCUUCUUGGAGAACUCUCCAAAGUGCUUAGCAUUUCAACUGAGCGCCAUCGUGCUGAAGUUCGGAGAGCCGUAAAUGAUGAACGGCUAACAACUAUUGCGCAUAAUAUGUCUGGACCAAACAGCUCUUCAGAAUGGUCUAUAGAAGGUCGUCGACUGGUGCCGCUGAUGCCACGGCUGGUUCCACAAACAGCAUUCACUGUAACAGCUAAUGCUGUUGCUAAUGCAGCUGUUCAGCUCCAUGCAUCUCUUCCAGUUACUGCUGAAACUGGAAACAAAGAAGUGGUGGUUUGCUAUUCCUACACAAGUACCACUUCAACCCCAACAUCUACCCCUGUUCCAAGUGGCAGUGUAGCAACAGUGAAGUCCCCCAGACCUGCCAGUCCAGCCUCCAACGUAGUCGUCUUGCCAAGUGGAAGUACUGUUUACGUCAAAAGUGUCAGCUGCUCAGAUGAUGAUGAAAAGCCCCGUAAAAGACGACGAACUAACUCCUCUAGUUCCUCUCCUGUUCUUCUGAAAGAAGUCCCGAAAGCUGUCACUCCUGUCACUAAAACUAUCACGGUACCUGUAAGUGGCAGCCCCAAGAUGAGUAAUAUCAUGCAGAGCAUUGCCAACUCCUUACCACCACACAUGUCUCCUGUGAAAAUAACGUUUACUAAACCCUCAACACAGACAACAAACACCACAACACAGAAGGUGAUCAUAGUAACCACCUCUCCAAGUUCAACAUUUGUACCUAACAUUCUCUCCAAGUCUCACAACUACGCAGCAGUUACUAAACUUGUCCCAACAUCUGUCAUUGCCUCAACAACUCAGAAGCAACCAGUGGUUAUAACAGCUUCUCAGUCCUCUUUGGUCAGUAGCAGCAGUAGCGGCAGCAAUUGUUCCACUCCCUCUUCCACUCCAAAUACCAUUGCUGUGACUGCUGUGGUGUCAUCGACACCAUCGGUGGUUAUGUCAACGGUAGCACAAGGUGUCUCCACAUCAGCGAUUAAAGUUGCCUCCACCAGACUGCCUUCUCCAAAAAGCUUGGUGGGAACCCCAACUCAGAUUCUAACACAAUUUCCCAAACAACAACAGCAGACCCCAAAACAACAAUUGCAUCAAAUACAGCAGACCCAACAGCAGCUAUCACAGUCUUCUCCUAUAGCACAUCAGCAGCAACCACAACAAUGUCAGUUGCCAGCUGGCAUCAAGCCCACCAUUCAGAUCAAACAAGAAUCAGGUGUUAAAAUAAUCACUCAACAAGUGCAGCCCAGUAAAAUCCUACCCAAACCAGUUACAGCGACUUUGCCCAGCAGUAGCAAUUCACCUAUUAUGGUGGUUAGCAGUAAUGGGACUAUCAUGACAACUAAACUGGUCACUACUCCCACUGGAACACAAGCAACAUAUACUCGUCCAACGGUAAGCCCUUCCAUAGGGGCUCGAAUGGCUGGAACUCCAGGUGCUGCCACUUAUGUGAAAACUACCAGUGGCAGCAUCAUUACGGUAGUGCCGAAAUCGCUGGCUACACUGGGAGGCAAGAUUAUAAGCAGUAAUAUUGUUUCUGGAACUACAACCAAAAUUACUACAAUCCCAAUGACAUCCAAGCCUAAUGUGAUUGUGGUGCAAAAGACUACUGGAAAAGGAACAACUAUUCAAGGACUUCCAGGCAAAAAUGUUGUUACAACAUUGUUAAAUGCCGGGGGAGAGAAAACUAUUCAAGCAGUGCCAGCAGGAGCAAAACCUGCCAUCAUCACUGCAACCCGGCCCAUCACAAAAAUGAUUGUCACGCAGCCAAAAGGAAUAGGAUCUGCUGUCCAGCCAGCCACCAAAAUCAUCCCAACCAAAAUUGUUUAUGGGCAACAAGGCAAAACACAGGUUCUCAUAAAACCAAAGCCAGUGACAUUUCAAGCUACGGUUGUGAGUGAGCAGACAAGGCAGUUGGUAACUGAAACAUUGCAGCAGGCAUCCAGAGUGGCAGAGGCAGGAAAUGCUUCUCUUCCAGAAGUGAAAGAAGAACCUCAGAGCUACACUGAUAGCAGCUCCUCUUCUACAGAGUCCUCCCAGAGCUCCCAGGGAUCUUCUGUCCUCUCCUUCCGCUGUCAUCAACAUCACUUGCAGCGGACCACACACAGUGAUGAUUCCCAGCCAGUUGUUCAUGUGAUUGCAUCUAGAAGUCAGGAUUGGUCAGAACAUGAAAUUGCUGUGGACACCAGCCCUACAAUAAUUUAUCAAGAUGUAUCCAAUGAAUCACAAUCAGCUACUUCUACAAUAAAAGCACUGCUGGAACUGCAGCAGACAACAGUGAAGGAGAAGUUAGAAUCAAAACCAAGGCAACCCACCAUUGACCUGAGCCAAAUGGCAGUUCCUAUUCAGAUGACCCAGGAGAAAAGGCAUUCUCCAGAAAGCCCUUCCAUUGCUGUGGUAGAGUCAGAAUUAGUUGCUGAAUAUAUCACAACUGACUCAGGAAGACAACUGUGUAUUGGUUCACAUUCGGAAGAAUUUCUACACAACCAUAUAGUCAGUCAUCGGUCACAGCCCCACCAGCAGUCAUCCCAACCCCAGAGGACUCUGCUGCAGCAUGUGGCUCAGUCGCAGACAGCAACACAGACUUCUGUUGUGGUGAAAUCUAUCCCUGCAUCUUCCACAGGAGCAAUUACUCAUAUCAUGCAACAGGCUUUAAGCAGCCACACUGCAUUUACCAAACACAGUGAACAACUUGGAACUGAGGAAGGAGAAGUGGAAGAGAUGGAUACCUUAGAUCCUCAGACUGGCCUGUUUUACAGAUCUGCCCUGACGCAGUCACAGGCACAGAAACAGCAGAAACUGAAUCAGCCACAGCUGGAACAGACUCAACUACAAGUGAAAACUCUGCAGUGCUUCCAGACUAAACAAAAGCAGACCAUCCACCUGCAAGCUGAUCAGAUCCAGCACAAACUCCCACAAAUGCCCCAACUCUCUAUCCGGCAUCAAAAGCUAACCCCACUUAAGCAGGAGCAAGCACAGACCAAACCAGAUGCACAGCACACCCCACACCACAUGAUGGCCAAAGAAAGGCAACUCCCUACCUUAGUGGCACAGCCACAGCAAACUGUAGUACAGGUGCUUGCAGUAAAAACCACGCAACAGCUGCCCAAACUGCAACAGGCACCAACGGCACAAAAAAUCUACGUGCAGCCCCAACCCCCCCAGAGUCAAAUGCAGCUACCUGCCUCUUCAGAGAAACAGCCAGCAAGCCAGGUGCAGCAGCCAAUUAUAACUCAAGGAUCCACAGUUACAAAGAUAACUUUUGAGGGGCGACAGCCUCCUACUGUUUCAAAGGUAGCAGGUGGCAAUUCUGUGCCCAAACUGGCGUCGCCAGUUACAAGCCUAUUUCCUAUGCAGGCAUCUGUGAAGACAGCAGUAGCAGACAUUUUGAAAAUGUCUAUGAUGGAAGCUCAGAUUGACACAAACAUAGAACAUAUGAUAGUGGAUCCCCCAAACAAGGCCAUGUCCACUAGUAAACUCGCUAGUGAAGCAGAAUCGUCAGUUUGUACCCAAGUGCCGAAGGUGACUGCAAUAGGAUUGACGGCAACUUCCAUCUCCCAGCAACUGAAAUGUAAAGAGUCCUGUUCAAGUCCUCCUGCUGCUGAUCCUGCUUUAAUAGAGAGGAAAACGGAUGCACAAGGAGUGCCGUCAACAAACCAGUUUAUACACAUUCAGAAUAUAUCCCAAAAGAAAGCUGAAGAGAUUUCAUCUGAAAUUAUUAUCCAGACUAUCCCUCAAUACUCCAUCCCUUGUCACUCCAGCUCCAAUGUGGUAGUGGAACCCAGUGGACUCCUGGAGCUCAAUAACUUUACUAGUCAACGUCUUGAUGACGAAGAGACAGCAAUGGAACAAGAUGUGGACAGCAGUACUGAGGAAGGCACUGAGCCAAGCCCCUCACAAAGUUCAGCUGAACAAUCCUAAUGAAUCGGGAUCCUGGAGUGCACUUUAAAUUUAUCUUGGCAAUUGAGUAUCCAAGAUGCCCUUGUAUUAUGUAUUAGAGCACUUUGCCUAUUAGAGUUGUUCAUUGGGCUCUUGAAGCAUCAGUGUGUUUUAACAAGACAGUAUUGCAGACACAUCUUAAAAUUGUUUCCAAAAAGAUGUAGUUACCAAGAUAUAGUAAACCUGUGACAGUGGAAUGUAUGUCUUUUUUUAAAAAAAGGCAAAUCUACGGUGAAUUGGAAAGAUUGAAUAGAAGUUCUUGCUAUGAAGCUCUUGACCAGAUACUGAAACUUUUCAGUAAAAAGGGACCUUUUAUUUUGCUGUGUCUUUCUUUUUGUAGCUAUUGAGUGAAACACCCUCACAAAGAGAACAUUUAGUAAAUAUUUGUAUUUUUAAUAGCAUGUGAGAUAAAAGGUGUCUCUGAGAGUGCAGAAAAAGCCCCAGGUAUUUCUGAAUUGACUAGCUGUCUGGCACUUGAGCUCAAUUAAUGUUCAGAUUUUUAAUAAGCCUAAAAUAUAGUUUAUUUUUAAAAUUACUUGUUGGUGACUGUUUGGAAAUAAGCAAAAUUGCUAAUAGGUAACAUGGUUUGGUGGGUUUUGUUCUCAUAUAUUGAAAGAAAUAUGCUAAUUUAAUGUGCAAAAUGUUUCUUUUUGUGCCACAAGUACAUGAAAUACCCAUUUAGUCUAAUUAACCUGUGAUUAUUUAUUUAAAUGCAAUGAUUUAAAACCAGGCCCAGUUGUUUAACUAAUUCCUGUUAACAGCCAGAUGUUUUCAUUCUAAUGCUGUGGGAUGCCAUAAAUGUUUUCGGGCUUAAAAAAUGUUCAGAGUUGGGGAAUAUUUGGUUCAUAAUCUCAUAAUAUUAGCCUGUUGUAUUCAGAUAAAGGCUGAAGCUUUUAAAAAUUUAUAUUUUACUCCUACACUGUUUUUAAAAUGACCAUUUUGGGAGUUUAAAGGCUUAAAUUGAUUAGUUGUGUUUCAGAGGUAUCCUCAGCCUUAUCACUUGACAUGUUCAAGCAAUAUAUUUGGUUUUUAUGAUUACAAGCCACGGAAAGAGAUUUGGGUACAGAUGGGAUGACAGGAGACAUAGUUUUAAUACGUUCUGGUAAUGAAGAAAAUACUUUUCUUUUUUUAAAAAUGUAUAUAGAAAAGUUUUUAAACAUUUUGUAUGGAUUUCAUUAUAAAUAACUAAGCAUUUUAAGACUUUUGACAUUUCAUUUAAUUGUGUAUAUAUCUAUCAGCAUUAUUGCCCAUUUUUUGGUGCUGAAGUACUACUGUAAGUAUAAUUCAUCCAAAGUAUAAUACAGGUUUUGUGUCAGUCUUUUUUAAGAUGUGAUUUUACUGUUGAUAUUGUAGUUUUUUAAAUUCCAACUGAAGAAACACUCACCAAACUAAAAUACAAAACCUAAAAGAUCAUCAUAUUUGUCCUGAACAUCUAUGUAUGUAACAAUGCUGCAGUAUCCUGUAGAUGGUGCUGUUGGUUCUCCUUUUAGCCUCUGUUAGCAGUUAUUUCAUUUAUAAAGUCCUUGUGACUUUCAUUUUUAUGUUCUGUUUUGUCUGUUAAUUAUAAGCCUCAAUGGCAUACCUUUUAUGAUGGCAAAGGGAAGUGUUCAGUCUUAGUAUCAUGGAAAAUCUGUACAUAAUUGAGUGGUAAUAAUUGAAUUAUCUUCUCUUUAUCAGUUAUAUGUUACAACAUUUAAUACUGUUACAAGUACUUGUUUCCUCCACAUUGUUUUAGAUAACAUUAGAAGCAUUCAGGUUGGCGAGAAGAGAGAGCAUAUGAAAUGGAAAAUACCAUAUGCCUUUUUUGUGUUUGAGUUAAUAGCUUAAUAUUGUCAGUCAUUGUAGAUGGUAUUUCAGUUUUAAUAGCUGUGCUUAUGUUUCUAGAACAGGGAUACCUAAAGUAUGGUUACUGCUCCUGAAGGUGGUUGCUCCUUCUCGGUAACUAUAAGUUGACAAACAAGCUUAUUAGACACAGGUUUCAUUGCUAAUGGAUUCAGGUAAAUUCUCAUUUCUAGUCAUCUCUCAUAGAAGGGGUCAGUAUGAGCCUAUUCCAUGUAUUUAAAAAUGAAUGUAAAAUUCUAUGCAAAUGAGAUGAAACUCUGUGGCUUGUGCCAAGCUGUUGUCUCUUGUGGUCUUGCAGUAUAAUGGAUGUCCCUGUCAUAGGCAAGCUAAAGGGAGGAGAGAAGAAAGCCCUGAAUUUCCAUUCUUUCACUGUAAGAAGUGCACAACUUGGCCACAAAGUAGCACUCCACACUUAAAUUUGUUAUCUCUAUGUAACUUCAGGUGGCUGCUCUCUCUUCUACAAAAGGUUUAUAAAAAUACUCAUAACAUAUUACACAAUUUAAGUUCUGGUCCAGUUUUGGUUUCUUAACAAAAAACUUUAAGUUUAUAUUGUAAUGUUCUUAUUUUAAGAUUGCUGAUAAGAAGUUUUUAGAGAGGCCCAUGAAACUAUAUAAGAGGGUUACAUCUAUAGCAAAAUUAUAUUUUGCACUUACCAGUACAGUGUCCAUUGCUUUCGUUGAGCCUUUACAACCAUUAAGGCACACACUAUGUCUGUUAUGAAAGGUGGAUAUUUUACAGACUGGUAAACUGAAGCUCAUGUUAAAUGCUCUGUCCACAGAUAUACACAAAGUCUGUAGAGUUCAGUCUUCCUUCUUUCCUAAUCCUUUCCCAAACCAGUUGUUAAUUGAGGUCCUAAAUUGGUUUAUGAUCUUCAAUGUAUAUGUUGGAAUUGGUAAUUAGUUUCAUUAGUGAGAAAUCUGCAAGGUAACAGGCUUUGAUUCUGCAGCUAAAGUCCAGACUGUGUUUUGUGUUUCAGCUACAGUAGUAGAGUAUGUCAUCCAUUAAACUU